AUGCAGCUGUACAAGGUCUUCGCUGUUCUGGCAGCCCUGCAGCCGGCUCUUGCUAAGAGCCUUGUUGACUUCUCUGCGGCUCGCGGCGAUAACCCCUCUAUCCUCGGUCUCCGGAAUCUCGAAUCGGUACGCGAUACUAAACUCGAUGAGAACACUAAAGAUCUCUACAUCAAGUUGGAUAAGGAUCCAAAGGGCACUCCUGCGCUGCAUUUCCACCGCAAGAAGGACUAUAUCCGUGCCGAGUACCACUCCUUGAAGAAUCAGAUUGAGGUCGAUAAGACCUAUUACAUUGGCUACAAGUUCUCCCUGGGAGCUAUUCAGCAGAGUCUGAUGAUCUGGCAAUUAUUUCAAAUACUGACCGCAAAAAGCAAGGAAUACUCUGCUAACAGCCACGGCGGUGCUAACAUUCCUCUCUCACUGGAAUUUAAAAGCGGUAAACUGAACCUCCAGUACCAAGCCUCAGGUGACGCGAAGCGUGUAUCCCAGUGGUCUAAGGAACUGAAGACCGACACCGUCUACUCCAUCGGACUCGUGAUCAACACCUCCCGACCGGGGUGGGUUGAGCUCUACUUCGAUGGCGAGCAGCAGACCCUCAGCUCCGGUAGCACCAGACUAAAGGCCAACACGUUCCCCGGCCAGGCGGACCCUAAGUUUGGCGCUUACCGUGGCGAGGAAGUGCAAAUCGAUACCUAUGUCUACAACAUCCAGAUCGGAACUACCAUUGAUGAUAUCAAGGAGGCUGCUGGACUCGGCUCAUCCCCUAAGCCCACCGCCACUUCUAACCCCACUCCUGUUCCUACCUGCGCUUGGGAGGGUCAUUGCGAGGGUGCCACCUGCACUACGGAGAAUGACUGCUCUGACGAACUCGUCUGCAAGAACGGAAAGUGCACUGCUGAUGGAGCCGUGCCGUGCUCCUGGGAAGGCCACUGCGAAGGUGCCACGUGCUCCUCAGAGAAUGACUGCUCCGACGAGCUUGUCUGCAAGAACGGAAAGUGCACUGCUAACAGUGCCGUGACUUGUUCCUGGGAGGGCCACUGUGCCGGUGCCAAGUGCAGCUCUCAUGAUGACUGCUCCGAUGAGCUUGCCUGCACCAAUGGUGUUUGUGCCUGA